GCUGGGAGAGAGAGAGGUUCGAGGAAGGAAACAUGAUGCUGGUGUGGGUUUUGGUGCUGACCGCACUGCUUGCCAGUGAUGUGGCAGGGAUGAGCAAUUCGUUGGGACUGGAGGAGACUCAGCAUCACAUUGAAAAGCGCCACGUAGGCGAAGAAGACUGCAAAGUUGACUGGGUUUAUUAUCCUCCCUUAAAAUCCUGUUUCCGUUUCUUUUGUGACAAAAGAACAUGGACCAAUGCUGAGGAAUUCUGCAAACACCAACACGAUUUUGCACAUCUGACGUCUGUGUCCUCGAGUGAACACAACAUAUUCCUUCAGCAAAUGGUUGAUGCAGUGAACAAUACAUGUCCACAAACUUGGAUUGGACUAAACGACAUAUUGCGGGAAGGGACUCUCACAUGGAUUGAUGGAUCUACUCAUAUUUAUCGACACUGGCUUCAGGGCCAACCUAAUGACUCUGGAGGCAAUGAAGAUUGUGUGGUCAUUAACAAUGAUGAUGAGGGACUUUGGAGUGAUCGAUCAUGUCUUGAAACGGCAGGUUAUAUUUGCUCCUAUUAUUGAACCAGCGAUUAGAAGACUCCAGAAUGGUCCAGUCGUCCUUUCCAGCAGUGAAUCCAGUGCUUUGAUUUCUUUGUAGCCGCUCUCACUGUCUGUGGUGACUGUACUCACUGAGCUUCUCAGCCAAUAAUAAAGAGAACUGCAACAUG